GUCGGGGAUUGGUCCCUUCUUCAGGCCGGAUCUCCUACAGGAUUUGUCGGACGAGAAGGUGGAAGUGCAGCAGCCCGCUGUUUCUACAUCCCUGUCUUCACAAAUGCAAUUGGUGGCAGACGUACAGCAAGGGCAGGAUCCCUCAAAUAUUCAGAGGGUAAACACCCUGGCAGCAGAGAUGAAUGUCAGCCAGGAUAGUUUUCGGGUUGUCAUUGGAACCAGACUGGACGCCAUUGAGAAGACAAUGGAUAAGAUGGCAAACGGUUUGGUUGCCAUGCAAAAGGCUCUUACCGACAGCACGGCAGAAACGCAAAAGACCAGACGAGAAGAUCACAGGGAGACUAUGGACAUCCUUCACGUUCUGGCCACAUCCAUCAACCGGCUGGUGGAUAACAUAUCAUGCCUGGCACACAGCGUUGACAACAUGUCGGAGAGCCAACGACAUUCAGCAUCCAGCCACCAGAUCAUCGCAACAACGCUACAGAUGAUCUAUGAUAAGCUCCCAGAGCCAGCUCAACAACACGCUGGUGAACCACCACAUCCGCCACCACAAGCCACACUGACGCCUCCUGCCCUUGCUCCACCACGAUCCUGGUAUGGACGGUCACUGCUGUACCAAGGAUAUACAGGGAUGUACCCCACCUACCAGAUGCCUCCACCACCAACACCGGCCGCAUCAUCUACACCCGCACGGCCACUGAGGCCAAGUCAACGCACUCCACAGCCGCCCAGGGCAUCGACGCCCCAUCCGGAGGAAGAAGAGGAUCCGGACGGACAACCACCAUAAGCCCGGUCGUAUUGUUUUAUUAUUUACUCUUAUGUUUUCAUGUUUCCCUUUCUCCCCCUCCCAUUAGUUUUUUUUUCUUCUUAAUAUUGUUUUAUAUUUGUGUUGGGCUCCCCCACCCCCGACCGGAUACUACCAAGGAGCUUUAUGUCUAGGCAUACAUGCGCGGGCAUGUAUGCGGGCGUGUGUGGUAACUGAUGAAAGCUCCUUGUGGUUACAUGUAUGAUGGGCCAAAGAGCUAUUCUGAUACCACUUUUUUUUUUUUUACCAAAAAACUCCUUUUUGUAUUGGUGUACAAUAGGCUUUCACUGUUGUGUGAAUUUACUAUUCACUAGUGCUUAUUUUUGGCUUAUUCAUAGGAUUGGGUGGAAAAUUGAAGUGGACGGCGUAGUUCGUGUUGUGCGU